AUGCGCGCUAUACGCCUGGGCCGGCGGCCUGGCCAUGGAGCCUGGAGCGUGCAAGGUAUAUGAGGUCUCCGCUUGUGCAGUAUUGUUGGUCAAUGACCAAAGUGAAGGCCAUUGAUGCGACAGUCACGGCGCAGCGUUGUCAGCAACUUGCAGCUGAGGUCUGCAGUCUCUUAUGCUCUGAGCAAGUACCAAAGUUGGUUCAUAUGAAAUGCAGCUGCCGGCUCAUAUAUGAGCUUGACAUGAAACAUGGUCGGAGGAUCUGCUUAUGAAUGGAACUGAAUAACAAAGCUGCCCUUUCCUGCAAAGGACCAAGUGCAGGAUGAUUGUCUACAAGAAAGGCGUGGGUGGCAUCAACCUUCUCUUCAGAAUCUACGGAAGCCCUUUGCCAAGAGCCUUUCCUCUAGCUCUCCCCAGCGCCCUUCUGGCUAUCUUCCUUGAUCUUUUUGCCAAGAACGAAGUGAGAGGGUGGUUUCUUCAUCCGCUGCCAUUUGGAAUCUUUGCCUCUGUUGUGGGAUUUGUUCUUGUUUUCCGCAUCAACCUCAGCCAUGCAAGAUACUGGGAAGCUAGGACGCGCGUACAAGACAUGACGAGCAGAUGGCUUGGAGCUGUUGCUGAAGCAAUAGCUUUCGACGAAGCGGCAGAAUUACCUUCAGCCGUGUCGACUGGACCCCAAUGGAGAGCAGAGUUUAUCCAUCUCAUGUCUCUGAUGCACGGACUUGCGAUGCAAGGAUUGCGAGGUGACACGAUGCUGGAAAAUCUGGUCAGAGGUAGCUUUCAUGUGACCCCCUUCCCUCCCCCUAGGGAUCCUGCCGAGCUACCAAACUGGCAGAAAUAUAACCAUCUCUGUGCUCUAAGGCACCACAUGAACCACUUCCGGGACUAUUGGAUGAAUCUACCUCUUCCAGUCCUGGGGGGCCUCAGUAAAAUGGAAAUCAAGGUCCUCGAGAAGAGCGAAUCGAAAGCUUUCUGCGUAUUCAUGUGGAUACAUCAGCACCUGACGGCCAGGCGUCAAGCAGGGGGACUAAACGAAGCCGCACCUAUUGUCACACGCAUUCACCAAAAUCUGGAAGAUGGAAUGAACGCGUUUGAGCAGGCGAUGAAGAUCAACGACACUCCAUUCCCUUUCCCGUACGCGCAAACUGUGACGAUGAUGCUGUGGUUCCAAGCCCUCAUGUGUCCAUUGAUGAUGGUCGCCUGGCUCAACAACACCUGGAUUGUUGUCCUCUUCACAUUUGCGGCAGUGUGGUCGUGUUUCACCUUGAACGAGGUAGCUCGGGAAAUCGAAGAACCGUGGAAGUACGAUCCGAAUGACAUACCCGUAGCCUUCUUGCAUCACAACUUCAAUCUCUCUUUGUUAGCGGCAUUUGAGGGAAACAAGGCGGAAGAGCCGGAGAAGCUGCUAGAGCACAUCAAAUCGACGAAUCUGGAUGACUACAGUCUUUCGCCUAGCGUCGAUUACACGGAAAGGGGAGCGUAUGCGAAGCACGCAAAGGAGGCUUUGGAGGUUGCUGAAAGGGAGAAAAGAGAACUGAAGUCUUCAAAAAAGUCUAUGAGUGCCCCUCACUUAUCAGAAACGCAUGAACGAUCAGGAGGUAGAGUAGGGCCCGAGUCAGAGAAGCGGGCACCCAUUUGAAGAUCCCGACCAUCAGAAUAAGGUAACAAGGCAGCGAAGUUCAGCUUUGAAUCUAAUGCGCUUUAGCGGUCAGGUUUGAUAGCACAAAGUCGCAAUGAAAUAUCUAUAUAUUGCAAUUCAAGGUAAAGCAGUGCGCACGCAUGUUACCUCCCAAUGUCAGGCCCAACAUAAUUACAAACAGUAGGACUCGAUGCUCACAUUUUUUCAAGAGCACGUUAUCUCUUCGGUGCUUUAGCAGAUUAGCAAAGGGGACCGUACCGGCGCGCGUCAUGCUCCAAUCCAAGGAUCAGUAGCUCUGCGGAUUUCCUCGUUCAUCUUUG